CUCCUGAUUGGCGCAGCUCAUCUUCACCCAGCCUUGCGUCACCCGUCGCAUUCAUUUUACGUCAUAGGUCAGAGACCAAGGACGAAACAUGGCGGCGCAGACCAAGAAAGUGUUCGAGGUGUUCGUGUCUAAGAUACCAUGGACUCUAGCCGGCAAGGAGAUGAGGGAGUACUUUGGACAGUUUGGAGCAGUGAAGAAGUGUCUUCUUCCAUUUGAUAAAGAAACUGGCUUCCACCGAGGCUUCUGCUGGGUGGGAUUCUUCUCAGAGGAAGGACUGAACAAUGCACUUCAGAAAGACCCACACAUGCUGGAGGGAGCAAAGCUCCAGGUUCAGAGGAACAGACGGCCAUUUGCAGGGCAGAGGUCAAACAAAGAGAGUGAAGACGACUGAAGCUCUGUGAUGCUUCUGUGUGGAUGAGACGGACAAACGUGCGCUAUUGUUUUUCUCCAGCCCCGAUUCGCAAAGACUGCCUCAGCUCUCUUGAUAUCUGCAAUUGUGUUGGGUCAUGAGGACGAUUUAGAGCAGUAUAGCAGGGUCGGUGUAUGGAUUUCCUUUUGUUACACAUUCAGUGAAUCUGGGCCUGAGUUGUUUUAAUGCAUUGCCCAGUAGUAAUGUAUUUAUACUGUAACCCUCCUGUCACACACCAUCAACAGGUGAAUGCUAAUUUAUAAGGUUUAUGAAACAUAAUUCACUAAUUUCCAGUGUAUGGUAAUAAAAACAGUGUUCAAAUCCAUCGUC